AUGGCAGAUACACAAAAAGCAAAUAACUCAGCAUCUGGAUCUGGUGAUCAACCUUUAUCCAAGAACGCUCUCAAAAAGCUAGAAAAGGAAAAGGAAAAACAACGAAGAAAAGCUGAAGCAGAAGCAGCUAGGAAGGGUGCUGAAGCAGCCGAAGCAGAUGCAGAGGAUGUUUCUAAAGACAAUUAUGGGAUCAUGAAGUUAAUACAGUCGACAGAGAAAACAGGUCGCAAAUGGUCCAAGAUUCGCGAUUUGAAUGAAAAAGUGGCGGGACAAUCUGUGCUUCUUCGAGCUAGAUUACAUAACAGCCGUGGCAAAGGAAAACAAUGUUUCUUAGUUUUAAGGCAACAAAGUUACAGUAUUCAAGGUAUUGCAGCAGUUAGUGAAACUGUCAGCAAAGCCAUGGUUAAAUUCGCAUCGAAUGUAAACAAAGAGUCUGUUGUCGAUGUCGAAGGUAUCGUCAAGGCAGUUACAACUAAGAUUGAAGCAUGCAGUCAACAAGAUGUUGAAUUACAUAUCAAUAAGUUGUUUGUUGCAAGUCUUGCCGCUCCUAGAUUGCCAUUACAAAUUGAUGAUGCUUCUAGAAGUGUUGACCAAUCUUCUGAGGAUAGUUCUUUGGCUCAUGUCAAUCAAGAUACUCGUCUUGAUAACCGUAUAAUCGAUUUACGGACACCAACUAAUCAAGCUCUCUUCAAGCUUGAAGCAGCUUUAUGCAAACUAUUUCGCGAUCAUUUAACUUCUAAGGGAUUUGUUGAAAUUCAUACUCCAAAAAUCAUUUCCGCUGCCAGUGAAGGCGGUGCAAAUGUUUUUGAAGUAUCUUACUUUAAAGGAAAGGCUUAUUUAGCACAAUCACCCCAGCUAUACAAACAAAUGGCAAUUGCAGGAGACUUUGACAGAGUCUUUACUGUAGGAGGAGUCUUCAGAGCGGAAGAUUCUAAUACUCACAGACAUUUAUGCGAAUUUGUUGGUUUGGACUUGGAAAUGGCUUUCUACGAACAUUAUCAUGAGGUAUUAGAAACCAUCGGUGAAUUAUUUAUCUCUAUAUUUAAAGGUUUAAGAGACAAUUUCGCUGAAGAAAUAGCUGUAGUAAUGAAGCAAUUUCCUGCUGAGCCUUUUCAAUUUAUUGAGCCGACCCUCCGAUUGGAAUUUCCUGAAGCUGUUUCUAUGCUCCGCGAGAAUGGCGUAGAAAUAGGUGAUGAAGAUGAUUUGAGCACUCCUAAUGAGAAAUUCCUUGGAAAGCUGGUGAAGGCUAAGUAUGGAACAGAUUUUUAUAUGCUUGACAAGUAUCCUUUGGCAGUUAGGCCAUUUUAUACUAUGCCGGAUCCAAAUAAUCCUAAACAAUCAAAUUCGUAUGAUAUGUUCAUGAGGGGCGAAGAGAUCUUAUCGGGUGCUCAGCGAAUACACGAUCCCGAAUUUUUAACAGAAAGGGCUAAACUCCAUAGUGUUGACUUGGAAAAAAUUAAGGCUUACAUUGAUUCCUUCAAAUUUGGUUGUUUCCCUCAUGCUGGUGGUGGUAUAGGAAUGGAACGCGUGCUGAUGUUAUAUCUUGGAUUGGAUAAUAUCCGGAAGACUUCGAUGUUCCCGCGUGAUCCAAAACGCCUGACACCAUAG